AUGGAGCACUACGAGCCUAUAGCCACAGAACAGAGAAUUCUGUGUGCUUCAUGUGGAACUGUCAUUGCCCCAAAUCCUGCAAAUCUAUGUGUCAAUUGCAUACGAAACUCGGUAGAUGUCUCGGAAGGCAUCCCAAAGCAAGCCAUAGUCCAUUUCUGUCGAAACUGCAAUCGCUACCAACAACCGCCCCAGGGCUGGAUUCAAUGCGAACUAGAGUCCAGAGAACUACUGGCUUUAUGUUUAAAGAAACUACGUGGUCUGAGUAAAGUGAGACUCGUCGACGCCGGCUUUAUAUGGACUGAACCACAUUCAAGGAGAAUCAAGCUCAAGCUGACUAUCCAAAAAGAAGUAUUCGCAUCAACCAUACUGCAACAAGUGUUUGUUGUAGAAUUCACUGUCUUGGGUACUCAAUGCGACGAGUGUACUCGAGUUGCUGCUCAAUUGACCUGGAAGGCUUGUGUACAAGUACGACAAAAGGUUAAUCACAAAAGAACCUUCCUCUACUUGGAACAACUGAUAUUAAAACAUAAUGCACACAACCAUACCACAAACAUUAAAGAAGUCAAAGAUGGUCUAGAUUUCUUUUAUGGAAGACGUGAAAAUGCUCUCAGAAUGGUCGAAUUCCUUCAAGCUGUGAUACCGGUCAAGAUCAAGCAAUCAGAAGAAUUGAUUUCAUCUGACAAGAAAUCAAACGUUGCCAACUUUAAAUACUCGUACUCCGUCGAAAUCGUACCUAUUUGUCGUGAUGAUUUGGUUUGUCUACCCUACAAAUCUGCUAGACAACUAUCUGAUAUAAGUCCUUUGGUAUUAUGUCAUCGUGUGGGAUCAAAUAUCAACUUGCUUGAUCCGAAUACACUGAAAAUCGUGGAAAUGAGAACAACGCAAUAUUGGGACUCCCCUUUCUCUGCAUUAUGUGAUGCCAAGGAUUUAGUAGAGUUUUAUGUCAUUGACGUUCAACAAGAACGUGUUAGGAAUGGCAAGUACGGACUAGCAACAGUAGAAGUAGCAUUAACAAACGACCUCUCAACAACAUAUGUCAUCCGCACACAUCUCGGCAACCUCUUUAGAGCAGGCGACCACGCUCUAGGCUACUAUCUCGUAAACACCAACUUCAACAACCCAAACUGGGACGACUUGUCGUCUCGCACCCAACAAUUGCCCGACGUGAUUCUAGUCAGGAAAUCUUAUCCAGCACGCAAAGCACGAGGCAAAGCGAGUCGAAACUGGAAGCUCAAGCAACUUGAUAAAGAGGUCGAUGAUGCUAAAGCUGGUGGUAAAAUUGAUAAAGCUAGAGCUGAAGCUGACUAUGAAUUGUUUUUGAGGGAUUUGGAAGAGGAUGCAGAGUUGAGAGGGAUGGUUAAUUUGUAUAAAGCUCCUGUGCGUAUCACACCUAAAAAGACCAACGUCAAAACUGGCAUGGAAACAGAUGAUGUUGUUGACCCAACCAGCACCAUACCACAACAGCAACCUUUACCAGAUGCCAUGGAUGAAGACAUGGAUGAAGAUUAUGGAGAUGAUGGUGAAAUGCCUGAAAUUUCACUCGAAGAGUUGUUGGAUGAUAUGGAUGCCAUGACACUUGAUGAGCCAGUGGAGAAUCAAGGUGUUGGUGAGGUCGAUGGAGAGGGAGAAGAUGAUGAAGAGGAUGAUGAUGACCUAUAG